UUUUGUGGCAUCGCCUGAAAAUGUUUUUGUGGCCCAUAAGUGCUUAUACCCAUUUUGAACAAAUACUAAUUCCCAACGGCCUAAUGUAAACUGCUUGUCUGAAGAAGUCUGACUUUGAUCAGAGGAAACGUGACAGAAAUACAUUUGUGUUAGUGUGCAGAAGGACUCUUGAAUUGCAUAGUAUAGUCAUGUUCAUUCCUGUUACAGCAUCCUUGCUUUGUAUGUGUACGUACUUAUCCACUAGCGCAAAAGAAUUGCGGAAUGAUUGGGAGUUAGUCUGGCGCAACCCAACUCAUAAUGGUCUAAUGAAGGUUGUCAGAUUUAUCGUUUAUAAUUCAAUCUAUUUAUUUUGCUUUAAUAGUCCAAUUAAUUUAACUUACAUCAGUAAUUAUGUAUGAAACUGUGACCCCUAUUCCACUGAAAACAUCAACUUCUAGUUUGUUUAAUAAUUUGGAUAUUUUGCCGACUAAUGGAGAGGAAGAAUCCUCAUCUUUGCGGAAUGCGUCCUAUCUCUCAAUUCACAAGUAUGAAGUGGGAAUUGUACAAAGAAACAAUGCAAGCUUUGCACACAGACAGGUGAUAGCGAAAGAAAGCUCUUCUCAACACAACACGUUUCUCAUCGAUGCGAAAUGGUGUCAACUAAAAAACCAGACGAUAUUAGUGAUUGCACAUGUCAGAGGGUUUCAGAUGUUUGAUGAGCUUGGCAAUCUUCUCUUAUUCUGGCAUAGUACAUUAGAAAGAGGAGUCCUGAGUGAGGGGAAGACUGCUUUCUGCAGGGGAAUAUCAUCCCUAGGUGAUACAGUAUUCGUUGGGACUUGCAAAGGAGAGAUACUCGUUGUUGAAACGAUGGAAAUGAAUACAUUCAAUGUAUCUCAGACUCUCAGUGCUCAUCCUAGCCCUGUUACUACAAUCACUACGUUGAAGGAUGCACCUCCUCAUGCUAAGGUGAAUGUGGCAUCAGCAGAUGACGAAGGUUCAAUAUCAGUUUGGAAAAUGCGAGAAGAAGGAAAAUUAAAGUUUGUUGGAAGCAUUACUGGCUCAAGGUACCCAUGCACGGCUCUCUGCCUACUCAAUGAUGGUCUACUGGCUGCAAGUUAUUAUACCGGUCAUAUUCGUAUCUUCGAUGCACCCACACAAGAAAUGUUAGCAGAGAUAACAGCUCAUGUUGCCCCCAUCUCAAGUAUGGAUUGCUAUAACGCAAGAGACCAUUCCUUACUUCUCUCUGGCGGUGAAGACACUUAUCUCAGGGUUUGGAAGAUAUCAAAGACAGAUAAGUUAAAGAUCUCUCAAGAAUGGUACACGUAUGUCGAAGACCUGCUGAUAUGCGGAGUAAAAUUCCAUCCUGGGACAGAUGAAAUGUGUGCUGUUACAGGAUACGAUUCUAAUGAAAUAACCUUGUUCAAGAAAACAUAAUGAAUGCUGACAAGGAAAGACACUUUGAAUAUUUUCUAAAUUGGAUCAUGUCAAACAAAGAAUAAGAAGUCAAUGGAUGUUUUCCCGAUCAUUGGCCCAAGAGAAUUCUUCCUAUAUUUGACCAUUGAAAAAUUUUUGAUGCUUAUUUUGAGAAUGUUUCUGCGAUAAAUAAGGAAAUCGGUGCUUAGGGAAACAUCUCUAUAUGUUCAAUGAUUUCGAAUUCUAAACUGAAACAAAGUUGAUAUAGAAGGUAGUUUCAUUGGAUUUUUAAUUUUUUCAAAGUUUUCCGAAACAAAAGGAGGCUUUCUUGUCCAUAUAUUGAGAUUUAAUUGCUCAAACUGAGAAUUUUUCAUAGUUUUAGGUACCUAUGCACAGUGAUACUUUCUCAGUGGCACUCCGGUCGCUGAGUUAAUUGAGCUAGAGUACGAGUCGUUUUAUUUAGAUGACUUCAAACACUAGUUUUUAAUAAUUGUGAGUCAAAUCUUCCCAGCACUGCACUACAUAUUUCUAUAUUUAUGUUUCAUGAACUACUGUUUUCUUUACAAUUUAUUUCCUACAUUUUCAUUUCACCUAUAAAGUUGAAAUCCUGAAUAGCAAUGGUUCCCAAACCGCGGCCCACAUAAAGAUUUAAUAUUGCCCGGCGAACUUGAGUGAAAUAGUUUAACACAUUGUUUUUUUCUUUUGCGUUCUAGAGACUGCUAAUUGUUACAUCAUUAUCACAGUUUAAGCAUGUGUAUAUUCAUAACAAUUCAAUUACACCAGUAUCCUAAUUUUUGUACUGGUAUCGGUAUCCACUCUCCUGGUACACGAAUAUCUUUUCGCUUCCAGUUUUGGCCCCAGUCAAUAACCUUAGGAACCAUUGCUUUGAGGCGACCUAAAAUUAAAACGGCUGAAAUACUUUUCUAUCAGUAUUUGUUCUGAGUACUCUGGGCAAACCUUAUGUUGCAAUUGAAUUUUUGUAUUUUAAUAUUACACUUUUGACUUUAUUUUUAUACAUUUAUACAUAGUGAGUAUAGAAUUUAAAUUUAUCCCAAAAGAGAGAAAAGUCCAUAAGACGGUUUUAAAACUUGAUUGCAAUGAUGUUUAUGUGUAAAGGGACUCCUCAAUGCGCUGAUUUAUUCAUGUAACAUGUUAUUGGUUGCGGCUGACAAGGAAAGACACUUUGAAUAUUUUCUAAAUAGGAUCAUGUCCUACAGCGAAAUUCAAGUUAUCCAUGGGAAGGGGAAAUGCGAUAAGACAAAUUACCGUAAUCAUCUGGUGAACCACGGCCUCUCGUCUGGUUACGAGUCCAUGUUAGGUCUGGGAUUAAUUGAACAAUCAUUUGUUUUCGGAUGCAUGGACUUGAUGAUGGAGUAUGUCAAUUCAGCUGUAUAUUUGAUAAAUGUCCAAAACAAAAACAACCCAUAAGCAGCACCAACUGAAUUGUGCACAACACAAGAGAGCAAAUGGCCACUUCACCUUCACAGCCGUCUCAUCAUUUUUGGAACACAAAGUCUAAUGAAAGAAUUUUUUCCAUUAAUUCACUUUUCUACUUCUUUUAUGUGUUUGUUGUUGUAUAUCGUUAUUGUGCUGUACGUUUUGUAGCAAUAUAUAUAUUUGCGGUAGAAAA